ACAGUCGAUCCACCAGCCAAUCUUUGAUCACCCAACCGGUCUCCUCGUGCUCUAACUCGAACCCAAACCAAACCACCGUCUCCUUGGCGGCUCCGCCCUACCACCAUGGCUGCCGUCGCGCCUCCGCCCGACAACAUGGACCCGCCGCCGGCCACUCCCCCAGCCGCCACUCCUGCCGCGACGCUAACCCCGCCUCCCGCCGCCACCUCCACCCCGCCAAACCCCGCGACGCCCGGCCCCGCGGCGCCUAGUCCAAACCCUAACCUGCCCCCCGCCCCCGCUUCCGCGCCUCCGGCGGCAUUUGCGCCACCGAUGCCCCCAGCUCCGGUCUCUUUCGCCGCUACCUUCCGCCCGCUCGGUGCUCCUGCGCCACCGCCGCCGCACCAGGUCCCGCAGUACGGCGCGUUGCCGCCGAACCCGGGCUACCCGAUGCCGCCGCCGAUGCAGCCGCCGGGCGUCCCCGUCGUCAUGCCUCCGGGCUCCGUUCGGCCGCCGGUCAUGUACGGACCGCCCCAGCCGGGAGCAUACAUGCCGCAGCAGGGCGCUGCGGUCCCCCAUCCUGCGGUGGUCGUGCCAGCCAUUACUCCCCACAGCGAGAGGUGCCGGCUCAUGUUUGAUUCUGCAGCUCUAACUGAAGCUGUAGAUCAUUUGCUCCCUCACUGAGUGUGGUAUGCCGAAUGUUUGAAUUUGAACUGGUUUUGUUUACAUUGUCUAAUUGAUUUACAUGCUUUAGCUCGUCUCACUGCUUAAUUAGGCUCAGUUUCAUUAUGCACUUAGAUGCUUCAGCUCUGGGUUGUCCCGAAAACUUGCUAAGGUAUCAUGAUUUUCUGCCGUUUAAUUUCAUAUGCCGGCCAUAUCCUUUUGUUAUGGUUUCAUAUACAUUUUUUUGAUAAGAAGUGUAAAGUAGUGACAUAUUUGCCUGAGCUCUUAUUACCUGAGUAGUGCAUUACAAUGGUGUGAGCUAUACCAAGUUUCUCAAAUAACCAAUACAAGUAUGUUAUCCUGUCCAUGAGGUUAAGAGGUAAGGCCAGUUUUGUUUAGGUCCCUUUUCGUUUGACCAAAAUAUUGCUUCUGUUGAUGUUCACUCUGGUAUUCUGAACUGGCAAGAUAUUGCUAAUCUAUUCAGUCAGCUCUUAUUUGUUUAUGGCUUUCGGUAUCUUCUGUUUACACAUGACUACACUCUCUGAUUUUAUAUGUGUUAUGUGGUUUCUAUGUGUUUUACUUCGUUGGUAUACUUACUAAUGUGGUUGCAUAGGUGUUGUCUGUCUGUCUCUGCAGGAAUGCCUCGUUAUCCUGCACCGUAUCCUAUGGUUCGUCCAGGUUUUGUUCCACGUCCAAUGCCGCCACCUGGUGUUGUGACAAUUCAACGACCACCAAUAAUUUCUGGGAUCCGGGCUAUUCCUCCUUUGGUAGCCCUGACUGCCCGUCCACCUCCUCCAGCUGUUAUGCUGGCUGAUAAACCGCCAACCGCAGUUUAUGUUGGCAAGAUUGCCCCAACAGUAGACAAUGGUUUCCUUCUUUCACUUCUCCAGCUUUGUGGACCUGUCAAGAGUUGGAAGCGUGCCGAAGAUCCAAGUAAUGGAAAACCUAAAGGUUUUGGGUUUUGUGAGUUUGAAUCUGCUGAAGGCAUCCUUCGUGCGACACGGCUUCUCAACAAAUUGAGCCUUGAUGGUCAGGAACUGGUGAUUAAUAUAAAUGAUGCCACCAAGGAGUACCUGAAGAAACAUGUUGAGGAAAAGAAGAGAGCACAAGUGAAGUCAAAAGAUGCAAGUGGGGAUGGAACUACAGCUGUUGCUGAAAAUGAAUCAUCAAAAUCUGUUCCUGAUGAAUCAGAUAAGGAGACAGGAGAUGCUGGAGACAAGGACAGUGACGAGAGCACUAAGAAAUUUGGGAUUGUUACUGAUGAAGACUCUCAAGCUGAUAAAGACGUCGCAGAAAAAAUAAGCAGUAUGAUUGAGCAGUGGUUAAAGACUAGACCGCCACCUCCACCUCCACCAGUUCAACCAUCGGCGGAUAGCUCUGGUGUAGAUAAGGCAAAAAAUGAUUCUGCUGAUAAGACUGAUGCUGACACUGUUAAAAGAGCAGUCAAUGAAACUGAAAGAUCUGAAACUGCCUCUCCUGAUAGGAGGAAGGAUAGAGAGCAUGAUAAGGAUAAACGGGACAAAGAUAUUGAAAGGCAUGACCGUGAACGCGAACGUGAAAGGAUACGGAGGGAUAGGGAGAAGGAUCAUAAGCAUAGAGAAGUUGAUAGACUAUACAGGGAUCGCCUUAAGGAGUGGGAAUCUAGGGAGAGAGAGAAAGAAUAUCAGAGAUAUAGUGAAAAGGAGAAAGAAAAAGAUAGAGAACAUAACCGCAGAAGGGAGAUCCUGAAGCAGGAAGAUGAGAGCGACGAAGAGGAUAAUAGGAAAAGGAAGCGAAGGAGUAGUAGUUCACUUGAAGAUAGGAAAAGAAGGCGGCAACGUGAAAAGGAGGAAGAUUUGGCAGAUAAAAUAAGGGAGGAAGAGGAAAUUGCAGAAGCAAGGCGGCGGGCUGUAGAGUUGCAACAGCAAGCAGAUGAAGCAGCUGCAGCAGCGGCUGCAGCUGCUGAAGAGUCUGCUACACUUAUGGAGGUUGAUGCUGACGACGAAAAAGAAACAGAUGCACAAAACGAGCCGUCUGUUGUGGAAGCUGAUAACAUCCCGAGCUUUGCUAAUAGUGUUGGUGCUGGUGGACUUGGUAAGGAAAAUAACAGUGAGGAAAUAAGCAUGGUACCUAGUCAUACCAAGCAAAACAACAAUGUCCCAGUAAAGAAACUGGGUUUUGGUUUGAUUGGCUUGGGCAAAAGGACAUCUGUUCCAUCAGUUUUUGCUGAAGAGGAUGAUGAAAAUAAUGUUGAUAAAAGCAUAAGACCUCUAGUACCUAUCGACUACAAUGAAGAAUUACAAGCCGUACAGGCUAAUUCUUCGACUGGGGCAAAUGUCGCAGCAGCUGCUGAGUUUGCCAAGCGCAUCUCAGUUUCUAACUCAAAGGAAGAGAAGGCUGACACAGAGAAGGAUAGGAAUAGGAGAUCCAGUGAAGGUCGUCCUAGCGAUGAGCGAAGAGAGAAGCUACAUGAUCGUGAGAAGGAUAAGUCCAAGUCGGAGAACAAGAAGAUUCUGGAUGCAAAGCAAUUAAUUGAUAUGAUCCCAAGGACAAAGGAAGAACUUUUUGCCUAUGAUAUAAACUGGGUGAUAUAUGACAAGAAUGAGUUGCACGAGAGAAUGAGGCCUUGGAUUUCAAAAAAGAUUAUUGAAUUUCUUGGCGAGGAGGAAUCAACUUUGGUGGACUAUAUUGUUUCCUGCACCAAAGACCACGUUCAGGCAGAAAAGAUGCUAGAGCUCCUACAGUCGAUUUUGGAUGUUGAGGCUGAGAUGUUUGUUCUCAAGAUGUGGCGGAUGCUGAUAUUUGAGAUUAAGAAAGUCGAAUCUGGACUAUCAGGAAGAGCAAAGUAAUGAAGCUAAGCCUGUUACCUUGUAUGACCUUUGAUUUACAUCACUCAACUGUGGUCAUGCUUGUAAGGUCAUACUGUACUAAACAAGCAUCAGAAACCAUUUUUAAUGAUGCUGAGUGGACGGUUUUGAUUCUACACUUCCCUUGUAGAAAUGUAUACGAGAAUUAAUGAGAGACUGCGUAAUUAUUUUGAUAGAUUGUUGAUUGCAUAAUGUGUUUGGUGCAGUUCACAUGCAUCAACAGCCUACUCUUGUUCUCUGGUGAA